CAUUUCUGUUAUCGAUUAAAACACGAUGGCUGUCCGCGCACAAUUCGAAAACAGCAAUGAGAUUGGUGUGUUCUCUCGUCUGACCAACAGUUACUGCAUCACUGCCUUGGGUGGAUCUGAGAACUUUUACAGUGUAUUUGAGGGUGAAUUAGGUGAUGUGAUUCCUAUUGUUCACACUUCUAUUGCUGGCACUCGUAUUGUCGGUCGCUUGACUGUCGGUAACAAGAAUGGUCUCUUGGUUCCCAACACUACUACCGAUCAGGAACUCCAGCAUCUCCGUAACUCUUUACCCGACAGUGUUCACGUACAGCGUGUCGAGGAACGUUUGUCGGCUCUUGGUAACGUUAUUGCAUGCAAUGACUAUGUUGCCCUUGUCCAUCCAGAUCUUGAUCGUGAAACCGAAGAGAUUAUUGCAGAUAUUCUUCAGGUCGAGGUCUUUAGACAGACUGUGGCUGAUAAUGUGUUGGUUGGUUCUUAUUGCGCUUUGAGCAACCAGGGUGGUCUUGUCCACCCUCGUACAUCGAUCCAGGACCAGGAUGAGUUGUCGUCCUUGUUGCAGAUCCCCCUUGUGGCCGGUACUGUCAACCGUGGCUCAGAUGUCAUUGGAGCUGGCUGUGUUGUGAACGAUUGGUGUGCCUUUGCUGGUAUGGACACUACCUCUACCGAAUUGAGUGUGAUGGAGAGCAUCUUCAAGCUCCAGGACGCCCAGCCUAGUGCCAUUGUCAACGAGCUUAGAGAUACUUUGGUCGACACUUACUCAUAAAUAUUUUAUUUUGCAUUGUUCAUUUGUUUUAUUGUUUUAUAUUUAUACUAUUUUCCCAUAUUAAAUUCCGUGCACUUUAAGAAACUUUUUG